GUUUUUCCAGUUAGGCAGAGUUGAGGCUCUGAUCUCUGUAAUGAAUCGAACUGAAGCCUUUUUGUUUCUUCACCUGCAAAGUCACAAUUCCAAGAGGAACUCCAGUUCUUGAUUUUGCAGAAUCAAAAUUUGGAGAAUGGAUCAAGUGCGGCAGGUCUUCACCGUCGAUCUCUUGGAGCGGUAUGCAGCCAAGGGCCGUGGAGCCAUCACCUGCAUGGCUGCUGGAAACGACGUUAUCGUCUUGGGCACCAGCAAAGGCUGGAUCAUUCGUCAUGACUUCGGCGUCGGCGAUUCCUACGAUAUUGAUCUUUCUGUGGGUCGAACUGGGGAGCAAUCCAUCCAUAGGGUUUUUGUUGAUCCUGGUGGGAGCCACUGCAUUGCUACUGUUGUUGGCAAUGGAGGUGCUGAUACUUAUUAUACUCAUGCAAAGUGGAGCAAACCUCGUGUUUUAAGCAAAUUGAAAGGUCUUGUCGUGAACACUGUUGCUUGGAAUAGACAACAGAUAACAGAAGCUUCUACCAGGGAGGUCAUUCUUGGUACGGACAAUGGCCAACUUCAUGAGAUUGCAGUUGAUGAGAAGGACAAAAGAGAGAAAUAUAUGAAGUUUCUUUUUGAAUUAGCAGAACUUCCAGAGGCUUUCAUGGGUUUACAGAUGGAAACAGCUAGCACAAGCAAUGGAACAAGAUAUUAUGUAAUGGCUGUUACUCCCACCCGAAUGUAUUCUUUCACUGGAAUUGGAUCAUUGGAUACUGUUUUUGCUAGUUACUUGGAGCGUGCUGUACAUUUUAUGGAACUUCCUGGUGAAAUACCAAACAGCGAACUACAUUUCUUUAUCAAGCAAAGAAGAGCCAUACAUUUUGCCUGGCUUUCUGGAGCAGGUAUCUAUCAUGGUGGCCUAAAUUUUGGAGCACAGCAUAGUUCAUCAGAUGGAGAUGAAAAUUUUGUGGAGAACAAGGCUCUUUUGAACUAUACAAAACUAUGUGAAGGUCCUGAAGCUAAACCCAGUUCUCUGGCAGUAUCUGAAUUCCAUUUUCUGGUUCUCAUUGGGAACAAAGUGAAGGUUUUAAAUAGAAUUAGCGAGCAGAUAAUAGAGGAACUUCAAUUUGACCUAACAUCAGAAUCAGCUUCCAGGGGUAUAAUUGGAUUAUGCAGUGAUGCAUCUGCUGGGUUGUUCUAUGCAUAUGAUCAAAGCUCCAUCUUUCAGGUUUCAGUUAAUGAUGAGGGCCGAGAUAUGUGGAAGGUGUACCUAGACAUGAAGGAGUAUGCUGCAGCUCUAUCAAAUUGUCGUGACCCACUUCAGAGGGAUCAAGUGUAUUUAAUGCAGGCUGAAGCUGCUUUCUCCACCAAGGAUUUCCUUAGAGCAGCAUCUUUCUUUGCAAAAAUUAACUAUAUAUUGUCAUUUGAAGAGAUCACGUUGAAGUUCAUUAGUGCAAAUGAACAGGAUGCUCUAAGAACUUUCUUGUUGCGGAAGCUUGAUAAUCUUUCAAAGGAUGAUAAAUGCCAAAUAACAAUGAUUUCCACAUGGGCAACUGAAUUAUACUUGGAUAAGGUUAAUCGGCUUCUCUUGGAAGAUGACACUGCUUCUGAGAAUCGUAAUUCUGAGUACCAAUCAAUUAUCAAGGAAUUUCGUGCUUUUCUUAGUGACUGCAAGGAUGUGUUGGAUGAGGCAACUACAAUGAGACUACUAGAAAGUUAUGGAAGGGUUGAUGAAUUGGUAUAUUUUGCAAGUUUGAAAGAGCAGUAUGACAUUGUAGUUCACCAUUAUAUUCAGCAAGGAGAAGCAAAGAAAGCAUUGGAAGUGCUUCAAAAACCUUCUGUUCCUAUAGACCUGCAGUACAAGUUUGCCCCAGACCUCAUCAUGCUUGAUGCAUACGAAACUGUUGAGUCAUGGAUGGCCACAAAAAACCUGAACCCAAGGAAACUGAUUCCUGCAAUGAUGCGCUACUCAAGUGAACCUCGUGCAAAGAAUGAAACUCACGAAGUCAUCAAAUAUUUGGAAUUUUGUGUUCAUCGUUUGCUUAAUGAGGAUCCUGGUGUUCACAACUUACUGCUCUGUUUGUAUGCCAAGCAGGAGGAUGAUAGUGCACUUCUGCGUUUCCUACAAUGCAAGUUUGGCAAAGGACGAGCAAGUGGUCCUGAAUUCUUCUAUGAUCCCAAAUAUGCCUUGCGCCUUUGUCUCAAGGAAAAGAGAAUGCGUGCUUGUGUUCAUAUAUACAGCAUGAUGUCUAUGCAUGAAGAAGCAGUUGCUCUUGCCCUGCAGGUGGACCCAGAGCUUGCUAUGGCAGAAGCCGACAAGGUUGAAGACGAUGAAGACUUGAGGAAGAAGCUUUGGCUUAUGGUUGCCAAGCAUGUAAUUGAACAGGAAAAGGGAGCUAAAAGGGAAAACAUUCGGAAGGCAAUAGCAUUUCUGAAGGAAACUGAUGGUCUCUUAAAGAUUGAAGAUAUUUUACCAUUUUUUCCGGACUUUGCCUUGAUUGAUGAUUUCAAGGAAGCAAUUUGCUCUUCGUUGGAGGAUUACAACAAGCAAAUUGAACUACUGAAACAGGAGAUGAAUGACGCAACACAUGGUGCUGACAACAUUAGAAAUGAUAUCAGUGCACUUGCUCAAAGAUAUGCCCUUAUUGACCGUGAUGAGGAGUGUGGGGUUUGUCGCCGCAAAAUCUUAACAGUGGGUGCAGACUUCCGGAUGACUAGGGGUUAUACAUCUGUAGGGCCAAUGGCUCCUUUCUAUGUCUUUCCAUGUGGACAUGCCUUCCAUGCCCAAUGCCUGAUCACCCAUGUGACACAGUGCACCACCCGAGCUCAAGCAGAACUUAUUUUGGAUCUGCAGAAGCAACUUACUUUACUGGAUGGCAACACCAGGAGGGAAUCAAAUGGUGGCCUAACAGAAGAAUCUAUAACUAGCAUGACCCCUGCAGAUAAGAUCCGAUCACAGUUGGACGAUGCCAUUGCUGGUGAAUGCCCAUUUUGCGGUGAUUUGAUGAUCCGUGACAUCUCCUUGCCGUUCAUCUCCCCAGAGGAAGCACAUCAGGACUCUUCAUGGGAGAUAAAGCCGCAAAGCCUUGGAAACCAGAGGAGCCUCUCUUUAGCCAUAUGACUCCCAACUUCCAGGUUUGCUGAGUGUUUGGAUCUCUACCCACUUCAUUGUGUGCAAUUUUUUGUGUAUUUUCUUCUUCUUUUUUUUUUUCCCAAUUAAUGAUUUCCCAUGUGUAAAUCCACUUACUAAGAAUUUUAAGUUGCAGCACAGCAUCCACCUAAAAAUUUUUUUAUGCAUACGCCCAGUUAGGGUUACACUUGGGUCUUGGAAA